AUGGCCGCUUUUACGACAAGAGGUCAGUGGAGUCAAAGAGGAAGCUACCGUGGAGAGAACUUCCCUCGUUCGCAGUACGCAGAGUCGCCGUACGGAGAGUACCACUACGGACAGUCUCAGAACGGAGACCGCGGAGGAUUCCGCUGGAGUCGCGGAACGACACAGCGAGGCGCCGGCGACCAAGGACCCGUGAGACUCAGAGGCGAAAGAACUUGGCUUGACGUGAGAAGAGACCGAAACGCUUCGUCGACCGGGACGAUUUCAGAAGGGAAAACGCAUUUGGCAGUGAAUUGGAAAAAUUCACGGGGGUCGGCUGACGAACAUCGCGGAUACGGUGGAUACCAAAGAGGGUUCCGUAGAGGGAAUCGUGGACACCGCGGAGCUCCCGUCGCGCAAUUCUACGACGAUGCGCGUCACCAUAACACUGCGGAGAAUCCGACGAUUUUGAUUCAGCGCCUUCCGAGCCGCCAAUCUCACGAAAAUCACUGGAACAGGUGUGUUGUGUUUUCUGCUGGUUCUCCUAGCUGUUUUUCUUCUUUCUUGUUCAAUGCGCGAACACAUUUCCGAAAACAGGAAAAUAAUAAUGCACACGUCUUGUAUCCUAGAAAUGAAACCUUGCGGCUAAAGUCUGAAUUAUUUUAUUUCCAAAUUUUCAAAUUGCCGACUACAGAACUCAGCAGUUGUAAGGCAGCAUUUAGAAGUUUCUAAUAUCGAUUAAAUCAAAAAUUAGAAAAUGUGUCUACUAUCCGUCUCAAUUCCUCUUUAUUUGCACAAAAUGCGCACCGAGACUUUUGUCGCCUUUUCCUUUUCGCGUUUGGUCAAUGUUUGUGUAUCGGAACGCAAAAAGAUACGGUUUCGGUAUUAUAUUUUAUGAAAUCGAUACUUAAAAAAAGUCACACUUUUCUUUAGCUCAAAAUACGUCACAAUUUGACUCUGAACAAGCUCCCAAACUUUUUUGAUUGCAUUUUCGAAAAAAACCGCCGUGUAUGAUGCAGGCGCGCUCUAUUGCUAACCGGGAAAAGAAGCCGAUGGCGAUAUUUUUCACCCUUUUGUCACGCGUCUGAACACUGCUUCCCACUGAUUCCCGUUAUUUUUUCAAUAAUUCUGAUAGGAAAACCUGUUUUUCCAACCACCGAAACCCUUUCGUACUGUUUACACUUCGUUUCCGUCUAUUUUUAAUCAAUUUUCUCAAACAGCUCUGAUUUUUCAGGCGAAAAUGUCUUUUGGAUGGGUAGGGUUGGUCGCCACACCAAAAUCGCAUCCAUUUGAAGAGAGACGAAUAAAAGUGAGUAAAAAAUCAAUAAACAUUUGAAAAAUCCCGGAAAGUCGAUACGAUCCAUUAAUUUUUCCAGGUGAACGGCCCUAAUGACCCGGUGAAAAUUGGAAGAGCUGUGGCAAGGAUUCAGGCGACGCAGGAAAACGCAGUUUUUGAUUGUAAAGUAAGCGACGAUAUUGAAUUUUGCGAAAUACAGUAAUUUCUCAGGUUUUAUCGAGAAAUCACGCAAUUCUAUGGUAUCGAGACGGUGAAUUCUGGCUGAAGGACACUAAGAGCAGCAACGGGACGUUCGUGAACAACGAGAAGCUUCAGCAGCUCGGUAAGAGAAAUUUCAAUCGAAUUACCGCUGCAUUUUGAAUAAUUUUUUGAAGAGUCGGAAAAUUGUACUUUUUAACUAUAAUUUUACGAUACUUGUAGGAAACGGUCGUGAUACGGAUGUUCGACGUGUUUUCAGCGGAGAUAUCAUUCAGUUGGGAGUGGAAAUAGUUGAGAAUGCCAACAAAGGUAAGUUUAAUCCUACAAAAGUUAAAAAUAUGUGUAAAACGAUUGAAUAAAGUUCCAGUGGUGUACGGCUGCAUUUACGCGGUGAUGCAAUGCUUCACAGCCGAAGGGAAACUUAUCGAGAUCACCGGAACCGCCGGAGAAGAGGGAGUGUAAGAAAAUCCGUUUAACGCCUUAAAAAACCAACUUAUGAACAUUCAGACGAACAACGGGUACGCUGGUCAGCAAUCGGAAGCUGUUCCAGAUGCAGCAAUACGUGUCGGAAGCUCAGCACAGGUAUGGAAAAAUGGUGACUGUCUUGGAAGAAAUACAUAAGCUUUCAGAGAAAAGCAGAGGGAAGACAAGAUUGCGGAGCUGAUGUCGAUAAUAGCGGCGAACGAGCAGGCUGCGGAGACGGCGUGGAAAGCCCUCGUCAAUGAGGAUCGGCUUCUGGCCAGGUGAGUAAAUCAGAUAGACCAAACUUGUCAUACCCGUGUAUAUCUUUAGAAUCGAAGCGUUGGAAGCUCAGCUCUCGGUGCUCUCGAACAACAACAAUCCGGACAAGCAGAAGGAGGAACUGCUCACAAUGAUUGACGAGAAAACCAAGUUCGAAGCAAUGACGAAGGAAAUGGUGCGGAGAUUGAUCGAAGAGGUCGAAGAGACGAAAUCGCGACUCAAAGACAUGGAAAGAUCGUUGGAGACGACCGAUCAGACGUGCCAACAAAUGAGAUCGAAAAACGAGGAUUUGGAGACGGUACUGGCCGAAACGACGGAAAUGUACGAUCAAAAAGCGAUGGAGACGGAGCAGUUGGCGGUUGAAUUGGCAGAAAAACAGAAGCUCCUGGCGAUUUGCGAGGAGAAAAUUACGGAUUUGCUUCAGAAAAAUAUGAAACUGAGCAAGAGUUCAGUGAUGAACGAAACCGCUUCCGGGCUGGCACGUCUUCUCGCGAACGCCGUCAACAACGGCUCUUUUAUAGAUGCUCCAGAGCUGACACUCCUUAUGGACACGCUCCGAGCAGCCGCCUAUCUUCCGCCGGUCUCCCGGGAAUCUUCUGAAGCUUCGGACUCCGAAUUGGGGACACAGCUGAUCAAUGGAUUCUCGUCUGCGGCUGGAGAGGAAAAUUCUAAAAAUUUGGAGAAGUUCCACAGCCGGCAGAGUGAGGACAAAUCUGUGGAAUCGUAUCUCAAAAUAAUUCUGGAGUUGCAAGCUAAGAAUCGCGAUUUGGAACUGUCCGUCGCCUCUUUGGUCCAAGAGAAUCAAGAGAAUUCGGAUAAGUUCUCGGGAAAAAUGGGAACGACGCCUUUGGAGUUGUCGCCAAUGGAAAAUGUGUCUUUCUUCCCCGAAAAUGCGACUGCGUCGACGUCCGAAUCGUUCACGUCUUCAUCAACCGGACCGUUUGUUCAGAAGCAGCAGACGGUAGUCAGAAUGCCGGAUUUGAUCCAGAAUUGGGUGAGUUUUAAACAAGACCUAUCAGUUUUUAUUGAAAAUGCUAGAUAAUGAGUGAUUCUUGAUUUUUUCCCUAUUAUUCACAGUAUUUAUUUGCAGUUGCUGCUGCUUUCACUCGUGCCGCUUCUCGCACUCAUCCUCUCCGUGGUGGCUCCGAUCCAUAAUCGACUGACGGUGCGGCGAGAUUCGACGAAGAAAGAAGACUAA